AUGACACAGCAUAAAGAAAAAUCCAGGCAGCUACCUGAAAAUUCUGGUAUUUGUUACAGAGUGCCAAAAUGUGAUGCCAAGGAUCCGCAUUCCUCUGUUGGACUUAGUGCUCGUUGUCGUGGUCUGUGGAGUGAGUGCAUCUUUGAUAACAUGGCGAAUCUGUGGACUUGUGAUAUUCCAAUGAAAAGAAAAAAAGACCUUCUUGGAGAUGACCUGGGAAUUAACUGGGUCAUUGAAGCCUUGGUGAUUUUGUCUACCUUGCUGUGUAUUCUUGCCUUCUUGGCUCUGGUUGCAGGACUGGACUGUACCAAGGUGAUCAGUGACAGGGGAAAGAAGAAGCAAAGGCUCAUUCACAGUUCUGUAGUCCUGUUUUUAUGCGGAGGAUAUAUGGUGGCACCAGAAGUAAUGAGAAGCACAGAGAAGGAGGUCAGUGAAGCACCUGAAAUGAUGUGGUGGUAA